AUUAAAUUACAUUCACAAAUGAGCGUUAGUGCGUUCAUGGGCAUUUUCAUGUUAUAUCAUUAGAUUAGAAUAAUUUAUAAUAAUAUUUUAACAAACGUUUAAUUUUAAUGAUAAACUUUUUAAAAAAAUAGAUCUGAAAAAAUGUCUUCGAUCAAAUGCAUACAUCCUCUAUGCAUUUACAACGUGUGAGUGUGAGGAUAUCUGUUAAAGGUUAUUAAGUAAAAAAAAGUUGCAUUAUGUCUCGAAAGAAUGAUAAUGAAGUAACAGAGGAAUUAAAUAAUUCCAAUAAAUCCGAAGACCAUGACCAUGAUGAAUAUCAAUAUUUGCAUUUAAUAGAGAAAAUAAUUAAUACCGGAGCGAAGAAAAACGAUAGAACCGGAGUUGGUACUUAUUCGAUUUUUGGAACGCAUAUGCGUUUCAAUUUACAAAAUGGAUCAUUCCCAUUGUUGACCACAAAACGAGUUUUUUGGCGAGGUGUCGUUGAAGAAUUAUUAUGGUUCAUUAAGGGAUCAACUAAUGCAAAAGAAUUGGCAGAUAAAGGGAUUCAUAUUUGGGAUGCCAAUUCUUCUCGUGAUUAUCUUGAUUCUUGUGGUCUUACAUUAAGAGAGGAAGGUGAUUUAGGCCCUGUAUAUGGAUUUCAAUGGAGAUAUUAUGGUGUUGAAUAUAAAAAUAUGCAUACAAAUUAUAAAGGACAAGGUAUAGAUCAAUUGAAGGAUGUUAUUCAAAAGAUAAAAGACUCACCGGAUGAUAGAAGAAUAAUAAUGACAGCAUGGAAUCCAGUUGAUAUCCCAAAAAUGGCUUUACCACCUUGUCAUUGUCUCGUACAAUUUUAUGUACAGAAUGGAACAUUGUCGUGUCAACUUUAUCAAAGAAGUGCUGAUAUGGGUCUAGGUGUACCAUUCAAUAUAGCAUCAUAUUCUCUAUUAACUUAUAUGGUGGCUCACAUUACAAAUUUAAAGCCAGGUGAAUUUGUGCACACAAUGGGUGAUUGUCAUGUAUAUGUAAAUCAUAUACCGGUACUUAAAGAACAGAUAAAACGUACACCGAGGCCAUUUCCAAUAUUGAAAAUAAUUGGGGACGUUAAGGAUAUAGAUGACUUUAAGGUUGAUAAUUUUGAGCUAAUCGACUACAAUCCACAUCCAAAACUUAAUAUGCAAAUGGCAAUAUGAGUUUUCUUUUUUGUC